GAAGUACCCUUCCAAAAUAACGCCUUGACUGCGAAAGCGAGCUACAACGAGCUACAACGAGAUAAAAGCUACAUACUAUCCAAAAUAAACAAUCUAAAGUACGACACAAUUCCUACGAUAAAAGAGAAGAUGGAUAAACAAAAUAAAAAAAUAUGUCUAAAAAGACUCAGCUAGCGUGUUACCACAGACAAAUCAAAUUUUUAAGUCAAAAGAACUCUAACUCUAUCCCUUCUUUCAAACUGCCUCCAGAGAAACCUCCCCUCCACCAAGAAUCAGGUAUAGCGAUACAGAAAAUCAAUAAAGAUAUGCAGUCUAGUUAUUUCAUAUCAUGUAAAACAACGGAAGAAGUAUAUGUUAUCGGCACUCACUUUUCCAAGACACACACACACACACAUACAACGAACAUAUGGAUCGAGGAUAAUUACCACAGACAAAUCAAAUUUUUAAGUCAAAAGAACUCUAACUCUAUCCCUUCUUUCAAACUGCCUCCAGAGAAACCUCCCCUCCACCAAGAAUCAGGUAUAGCGAUACAGAAAAUCAAUAAAGAUAUGCAGUCUAGUUAUUUCAUAUCAUGUAAAACAACGGAAGAAGUAUAUGUUAUCGGCACUCACUUUUCCAAGACACACACACACACACAUACAACGAACAUAUGGAUCGAGGAUAAUUACCACAGACAAAUCAAAUUUUUAAGUCAAAAGAACUCUAACUCUAUCCCUUCUUUCAAACUGCCUCCAGAGAAACCUCCCCUCCACCAAGAAGCAGGUAUAGCGAUACAGAAAAUCAAUAAAGAUAUGCAGUCUAGUUAUUUCAUAUCAUGUAAAACAACGGAAGAAGUAUAUGUUAUCGGCACUCACUUUUCCAAGACACACACACACACACAUACAACGAACAUAUGGAUCGAGGAUAAUUACCACAGACAAAUCAAAUUUUUAAGUCAAAAGAACUCUAACUCUAUCCCUUCUUUCAAACUGCCUCCAGAGAAACCUCCCCUCCACCAAGAAGCAGGUAUAGCGAUACAGAAAAUCAAUAAAGAUAUGCAGUCUAGUUAUUUCAUAUCAUGUAAAACAACGGAAGAAGUAUAUGUUAUCGGCACUCACUUUUCCAAGACACACACACACACACAUACAACGAACAUAUGGAUCGAGGAUAAUUACCACAGACAAAUCAAAUUUUUAAGUCAAAAGAACUCUAACUCUAUCCCUUCUUUCAAACUGCCUCCAGAGAAACCUCCCCUCCACCAAGAAGCAGGUAUAGCGAUACAGAAAAUCAAUAAAGAUAUGCAGUCUAGUUAUUUCAUAUCAUGUAAAACAACGGAAGAAGUAUAUGUUAUCGGCACUCACUUUUCCAAGACACACACACACACACAUACAACGAACAUAUGGAUCGAGGAUAAUUACCACAGACAAAUCAAAUUUUUAAGUCAAAAGAACUCUAACUCUAUCCCUUCUUUCAAACUGCCUCCAGAGAAACCUCCCCUCCACCAAGAAGCAGGUAUAGCGAUACAGAAAAUCAAUAAAGAUAUGCAGUCUAGUUAUUUCAUAUCAUGUAAAACAACGGAAGAAGUAUAUGUUAUCGGCACUCACUUUUCCAAGGCACACACACACACACAUACAACGAACAUAUGGAUCGAGGAUAAUUAACAGAAUUAUUAUGUCAGAAACAGAUAAACUGAAAAAUGAAAUACAGCAAGACAUAUCGCUAAAUAAGACAGUCUUCACAUUCUCUGACGAAAACAUCUCGAACAACCACAAACAACAAGACACAGAAAUAAACUACUUUACAAAUUAUAACCAACUAAAAAUCAUUUUCUCUAAAUUAAACAAUAAACGCUUACCCAACAAAAUAAAAUGAUAUUACACAGUGCUCUUUAAAUAUGCAAUAAACAACACGUAUUUCCCAGAAAAUGGGAAAAAGCUAAAUUAACAGCCAUCACAGAAGAAAAAGAAAUGAAGAUCACUCCUCACCCUCAAACCUGCGAUAUAUAAGUCUCCUACCCAACACAAGCAAAAUAUUCGAAAGAGUCAUAAAUAAUCCCCUAAUCUCCAUUUGCACAAAAAAUAAGGUAAUCCUAAGAAAUCAAUUCGGCUCCUCAAUAAUCAAUUUUUAAUAGUCUAUAUUCUAAGCAUCAAGAAAUUGCAAUGUUUUAGUAUUACGCGACCAUUGUUUUAGUUACCAUUACCAUACAUUAUAUCAUUCUCGUUUUGGCACACACUUAUGUUUCUUUAAAUAUUCUAUUAUUUUGACAAUCAAACACAAAUAAGGAAAAUACUUAUUUCAGGCAACACUCACACCGCGCUCAGUGCACUCGUUCUCGUCCGGAGAAGUUAAAUCGUUGUGGUGGUUAGGACAGAGAAGAAGCCAUAUUGGGUCGCGCGACUAUAUUGCCGCCUCACGGGCUACUUUGGGACCAAGCGUCGGCGUUCGUAAAGCAAUACGCCGUUGGACUUAGCGUCUGCGUUCGUAAACCAAUACGCGGCUGGACGUAGCAUCUGCGUUCGUAAAGCGAUAAGCCGCUGAACUUAGCGAAAGAGCAGCUAUAUUGGACGAGUGCCGAUUUCGCCGUCGAGUGACGACGGCACAUGUUAUCCUCAUUAUAAGUAAAAACAAAAUAAAAAUAAUAAAUAAAAAAUAGGAGACACCGAUAAUGAAACCGAAAGCAACGAGGCGGAACCCACCAUAAACUCAACAAAAGAAUGUAUUAAACGAAAAAUAAUAAUACAAAAAACAACCAAAGACACUAACAGCAUCAUAAGACUUUCCGCACAAAAGAUACGGAAACUCAACCAGCAGCCAAAUCUGAUGGCCAGGGCUAAAGGGUUAGAGGACAAACAGGAAAGCACAGACGAAGAAAAGCAAUACAUCCAAGAAGAAAAGGCAGAAAGAAAAGAAACCAUGAAGAAUACAAUUUGAUAUACAACAAAGCCAAGAGACUAUCAAGUCACAACCACAAACUGGACCAACAAAAGAGGCCACAACGCCAAAUGCAAUUGUGAAAUUAAUAAAAGCUUUACAAAUAGACGACGUCCAUUUCACAAAAGUCUCGCGGUUUACGACGAGAAGAUCAAGGGAGAACAACAUAUUGCUCCCAAUUUACAUAGUUCAAUUAUCCCCCCAAAGCAACACAAAUAACCUAUUAAAAAUAAGCCGUUGUAACUAUUAGGAUAAAAUGGGAAAAAAUAAUUAAAAAAAAAAAAAAACAGCAUAACACAAUUGCCAGAUGAUAGGACACACGGCUCAAAAUUGCAACCUCAACUACCGCUGCGUCAAAUGCACUGAGUCGCAUGGACCAGGCGAGUGUAAAAUAAAAAAAGAAGACGCAGUAAGCAUCCCUAAACUCGUGGAGCUACGCAAAAAGCUCAACGAAAAAAUAAACAAUGCGAAAAAACCAAAAAUCGGACGGAUCGCCCAAAUAAGCCAUAAAUACGUCCCUGGACUAAAGUUCGCGGACGUAGCAAAACAGGGAAGAGGCCUAAACCAGGCCAUCAAGGACUCCCCGCAAUUAACAAAUAUAUCUCCGCGCUUAAAUCAAACCCCAAACUCAGCCCCCUGCUUAAUAGAUCCCGAAAAAGCUUUCGGCACGGUCUGGAUGCCAGGUCCUAUAUACAAAA